UAGCAUGUCUGGCUCAACAAGACAGGGUUUUGGAGUCCCAAGCCAUCAGAGAAAAUGGGCUCAGAGAUCUCUUGCGGCCUCAAGGUAAUUUCACUGUCUAUGCUGAUGAUGACUCUUCUAUGUUGCUCUUAAAUUACAUAUGGUAGCUUCCAUAAUAAUGAAGGUCCUCUCCCAGCUGGUUUCUGACUCAGAUUUGGUUUAUGCUAAUAUUCAUAGUGGGGCUGGAAAUACUGAAUACAGGGGGUAACAGUGAUGACACUUUUAUCAGGGGCAGAUCAUUACAACUGGUCUGAAGUUAGGGUCUCUGUUUGCUCCAACUUGAGGUGCUGAGCCUGUUUAGUGGUUCUCUUUUAGGGCCAGAUUGUGAUAGCCUUACACCUGGAGAAGUCCUACUGAAGUCAAUUGGACUACUGGUGUAGUUAGAUAUUUUUCAUUUUGUCUAAUGGUAUCACAAACUGUUCCUCAGAGACUGAUAGACCAUAUUAGAUUCCAAAACAUACAAAGGGAUUAUGUUGUCUAGCCUUGACCAGUGUAAAACAUAACCUGGAUUAUUUGUUUCCAGAUUAACAUAUUCUUGAUUUAUAUUAAAAAAAAAAAUUCCAAUCCCACCACAUUUUGUCACUGUGAUGGUGGCAAAUAUUGAUUUAACUCCCUUCCUUCCUCAAAGAAAAGUAUCUGAAUUUCUUGUUUAGCUUUUUUUGACAAACUAAUCACUUUUCUGGGUAUUCUAACUAAAUCUGUGACAAGCUAAACACACUUUACUCAGAAUUAUUCACAUUCCUAAAAAGAUAUACAUUAUUACUAUUGAAGACAAACUGUUUACAUUUCUUCUAAAUAGCUGUACAUUUUUGGUACCGAAGAAUGGCUACUGAGCUUUCCUCAGAGUGAUAGUAUUUUGACUGUGUACAUUUUUGAUAGCAUUAUUCUAUUUUUUGGGGCUGAAAAUAUCUCUGUAGCUGUGAAAUUAUACUUGGAUAUUUUGGUAAGAUGUUAUAAAGACAUAGGGGCAAGCAAAAAACUAAAUAAAAGUAUCUCAUUUAUGGCAAGAUUCAUUAUGGAAAAAAAAAUUCUCCUCUUCUCCUUUUAAUCAUGCUUGAAUCAAUUAUUUUAUAGUUAACUAAAUAUCCCACACCACACCGAUGUGGAAAGACUAGUUAUUAUUUCUGCAGCCAGAAAAACGUUAAAAUAUUCUAGAACACACGUACUCAAAGUACAUGCUGUAAAAGAAAAUCCUCACGUUGACAAAGACAGAAAUAUAGCUCGAGCAAGACAAUCUCUGGGAAAUGCAAAAGCGAAGGCGGCGUGCAGGGAGGAAAGGUGAAACUAGAGACACUACUGUUUAGCCAUUGGUCAGCUUCAGAUCCGCAUCACCAUUGGUUGACCAGACCAUGUUCAUUUUUUAGCCAAUCACAACUGCUUUUACGCGGUCAGGGUAGCAUUAGGAGAGCCUGUGUGUAGUACGCUGUCUUUAGAGAACGAAUUACGAUGUCAGGCCGGGGAAAGCAGGGAGGAAACGCGAGGGUUAAGGCAAAGUCUCGCUCCUCGCAGGCUGGAUUGCAGUUCCCGGUGGGCCGUGUGCACCGGCUGCUCCGCAAAGGUAAUUACGCUGAGCGGGUGGGGGCUGGAGCUCCGGUCUAUAUGGCCGCGGUGCUGGAGUAUCUGACCGCUGAGAUUCUGGAGUUAGCUGGCAACGCUGCUCGGGACAACAAGAAAACCAGGAUCAUCCCCCGUCACCUGCAGCUCGCCAUCCGUAACGACGAGGAGCUCAAUUAGUUGCUGGGGAAAGUGACGAUCGCGCAAGGGGGUGUCCUGCCUACUGUCCAGGCCGUGCUGCUGCCCAAGAAAACCGAGUCAUAAGGUCAAAAGCAAAUGAAACUGACCAAGAAAAAAGAUGAACACUUCAACUUCAGCGCUAACCCAAAGGUUCUUUUCAGAGCCAUCUACACUGUCAUGGAAAGAGCUGCAUGUCACUAGCAAAUAGGGCUGCUCCUUGUGUUUUAAAUAGAAAAUUCCCCCCCCAUUUACUAUGGGUUGCCAAAAAGCAUUUAUUAGUAAUCACCCCAUUCAUUUUUCAGGGGUAAUGGAAGCCCCUUUGGGGGAUGGGAAACUAGGUGUCAAGCCUUUGUUUUUCCAAAUUCCAUAAAUAUCGAUGGGGUCAAACAGAUUAUAAACAGUGUGUGUGUGUGUAUAUAUAUAUAUAUAUAUAUAUAUAUAUAUAAAAUCAAUCAUAGUAUUUAUUUUUCUCGUUGGUUUACUAAUUCGAUAGAAACAAGUGAUUAUGGUGCAUUCAAUGUUCAAUCCAUCCUGUUUGACUAACUUUUUAAAUAUUGCUGUGACAAAAAAUAUAUCUACAAUUUCACCCAAGUUCUCAUCUGCCCUGUGUUUUUUUUUAUGCUCAUGUUUAAGGAACUGUUUCCCAAAUAUUGAUUGGUCCAUUUGAAUCCAAAAUAGUGAAACCAUAAUUCCCUUAAAAGGGGGUCUCAAAUUCCUCAGGUACAUAGAACAGUUUUUAACAAGUUUAAUUUCAAACAUAUGUAACACAUACUGUUUAACCCAUUCCCUCAGUAGUCUGGAUUCAUUAAAGUUUGUGGGAGAUCAGGGACGAAAUCUCUUGUUAUAUCAAAUUAACUAUUUAUGAUUAGAUGUUGCAUAUGAAACUGGUCUGUGGGUUCAAAAAUGUCAAAAUCAAAGGAUAGUAACAGGAAAAAAUACCUUUUAAAAUGGCAACUCUUGAUUUACAAUCUAAUCUUCUAAUAUAGUACCAUUAGGAAUUACUUGUAACAACACAAGGUAAAACCUUGCCAAUUAUGAGAGAGCUCUGCAUUUGAUUUAAUAGUAAGGGAAUGUUUUCUUCUGUUUCUUUCCCUGUGUGUGUUAACAUUAUUGUAUCAUCUUGUUCUCAAAGUUUGCAUCAAGCCUUUCUAUCUUAAAUAGUGAUGGGUUUAUAUUAAUAAGGAACUAAUUGAACAAUGUGUAAUAUGCAAUGUUCUAGUCUUGGAGCAGUGGUUCUUAGACUUUUGUACUGGUGACCCCUUUCACACAG